UCCGGGAGACGCUGCUACAUAUUACUGAGAACCGGGAUGGAGGAGAGGCGGAGGGGGGAAGAAAAAAAAGUUUCGUUUAAACCUGGCAGAGAAACUUUCAACAUGAAGCCUCACUGACGCACCGUUCCACCACCACCACAGCAACACCAGCGCUAGAACAAAGCUUGCUUUUCCACUGAAAAUAUUUUUCACCUCCCAGCUUGUGUUUUUUCCUUUCCCUCUUGUAUUAUUUUCUGUGCGCAGGGCUGGUCGGGGCUUGCUGUCACUGCGCGCUGAAAUGUUGGAGUGACCAUGGCUGCGCAAGUGGCAUCGGCUCCGACCAGAACUAAUAACAAAAAUAAGAAAUUAUCCGGCGGUUUGGGUCCGGAGCUCAAUUCGGGGAAAUCCGGAGGAGGUGGAGGAGGAGGGACCGUACAGCGAAGUGGACCGAUGCUGGGUGCUGGAGAUGGGACUCUGAAUAAUGUAGACCAUCACCGCCGAAACGAGCUCAGCAUGGUCCAUUCAACUUCCACGACUCACAGCGCUCCGGACGGCCACGACAAGGCUGGGAAUAACCUCGCGUCUGCCUCGGCGUCGACUAAUUCAACCACUUCCUCGAUGGAAACGGGUUUGAUCGCGAACCACAAGCUGAAAUGUGUGGGAAGCGGAGAUCCCCCUCAGUCUCAGCCGCCGCCGCAGCAGCAGCAGCAGCCGCCGCCGCAAUUCGGCCAAUUUGCGCCACAUCAGCAGCGACAGAUCCAAAGUAACAACAGCGCCAAUAACAACGGCCAGGUGCCCCGGGGGGACAGAAGUAUGGAUCACCAACACCACGGCGGCAAGGAGAACCUGUUGGGGGGCCAGGAGGAGCCACAGCAGCAGCACAUGCCGGGGAAAGGUGAGGGGGAGCUCACCUGUAAACCCUCGGAGAGGAUGAUGGGCGCCAGGUAUGAACACUCCUCCAACUUGGGGCCACCGAGUAACAACUCCGAGUUUAAUAACAACUAUUACACUCCGAGGCCCUGUUAUGAGCAACAUGGCGGGCAGCAGCAACAAAGCAGUGGGAUGGGGAUAACGCACUCCUCGGCUCACAACAGCAUGGAGAACUCCCACGAAGCAGGGUACCACAACAGCCAGUACAACCAGUACCCACCGUACCGGGCCGGCUACGGCGGCGGGGCCUACGGGAUGAUGGGCCCCUCUGGAUGCCGGCAGCCUGGGAACAUGAUGAUGGCCAGCAACUCCUCAGCAAGCCACGGCAAGUCCCCUCUGGGAGCUGCUUCUGCUGGCUUCCAGAGGUUCCCGGGACAAAGUCAGCAGCAACAGCCGCAGCAGCAGCAUCCAUCAGGGGCCACCCCGACCCUCAACCAGCUGCUGACCUCCCCCAGCCCCAUGAUGCGGGCUUAUGGUGGUGCCUAUCAAGACUACAGCGGCCCCACGGCGCAGCAGCAGCAGCAAGCCGGCAUGGGCCUGGGGAAAGACGUGGGGCCCCAGUAUGGAGCCGGUUCGGCCCACUGGGGAGGGCAACAGAGGAACCAUCCGCAUACAGUUAAUCCGGGCAACGGAGGGCAAGGCCUCGGCAGGACGCAGGUGUCCUCCAUGGACUUCAUGGCUAUGAAGCGCUCGCAGCUGUACGGCAUGGCCAGCAAUCCCUACUCCGGCCCGCAGCAGCCAGGGAGCGGACCUUACCCCCCCAGCCAGCCAUACACGUCGCCUCCUCCGCAUCGGUAUCCAAUGAGCAUGCAGGGGCGGGGCCAAAUGGGCAUGGGCGGGAUGCAGUAUCCCCAACAGCAGCAGGUGGCGCCGUAUGGCCAGCAGGGGAUGGGGGGCUACACCCAGCAGCAGCAGCAGCAGCAGCAGCAGCAGCAGCAGCAGCAUGGGGGGCAGCAGGGAACCCCUCCAUACUUCAGCCCCCCUCAGCAGACCCCUCCAGGCCCGACCCAGACUUCCUACCUGCAGCCUCGACCGCCGCUGCAACAGGAGGCCCAGCAGGAGAGCUACAGCAUCAGGGGUCCUGCCCCAGGGAAUGCUGGGAAGGCCAACAAUGAGGAUGGCGUCUCCCAGGACCGCCCCUCCAGUCUGCCGGACCUGUCUGGCUCGAUUGAUGACCUCCCCACUGGGACGGAGGCCGGUCUGGGCUCAGCCGUCGGCGCUGGAGGCUCCUCCAGCAGCAGCAGCAGUAGCCAGGGGGAGCAGGGAGGCACGAGUAACCAGGGACAGUCCCCCUUCUCCCCUCACGCCUCCCCGCACCUCCCCAGCCAGAGGAGCGGGCCCUCACCCUCCCCGGUCGGCUCCCCGGCGGGCUCCACUCAGUCCCAGCAGUCCCGGUCGGGCUCCGGACCCAUCUCUCCGGCCAGCGGACCCUCCGCCAACACCGCGGCGCCAGGUUCGACCAUGGCGCCGCAGAGCUCUGGAAACGGACCAGAUGGAGCCCACCCGCCAAUCACACGCUCACCUAUGGCUCAGGAGAGAGGGUUCAUGUCCAACAUGCAGAGAAACCAGGCAGGUUCCCAGUUUGCGUCUCCACAGUCUGGACCGCCGAUGUCCCCCCACCCGUCCCCCGGGGGCCCGGUGUAUCCCGGCAUGGGUCCGUACUCCCAGAGCGGCCCCGCGGGCCCUUAUGGACCCCAAGGAUCCCAGUAUGGACACCAAGGUAACUACCCUCGGCCCUCUAACUACAGCGGGACGGCCAGUACCAGCUACAGCGGCCCCGGCCCCGGCAUGACCAACAGUCUAGGAAUGAACGCCACCAGCCCCAUGCACGGCCAGGGGCCCGGCCAGCCUGUACCUGGAGGACGCAGCCACGGCCCAGGCAGCCAGAACAGGGUGUACCCACCCAUGGGUCCCAGCUCCCCCAGUAUGCCCCAGCCCGCUGGGCCAGGGAUGGGUCCUCCCUCUUUGGGUAACUCGAACCGCAAGGUCCAGGAGGGAGCGGCAGCUGCCAUGCCGGGAUCUGCCAAUUCAAUACACAACAGGCAGGGCAACUACCAAGGCCCCGGCAUCAGCCAGGCGAGCACUGUCCCCUACAGUCAGCCAGCGGGCAACAACAGUUCAGCCACGGGCAACGCACAAGGUCCAGGCUACAGUAUGGCCCCCUCAGGACCUAUGGGACUGUCGGGAGAUGGUAUAAUGAGCCCGGAUGGUAAACCGAAAACGGACGUCAAAGACGACAGCGGCCCCGCCAAUGAGCCCCACAAACCAAAGCUACAGGACGGUUACAUCAACAACAACAGCAGCAGCAGCGGCGGCGGCUCCCAGCAGUGCGCGUCCCAGCCGGCCACCCCGGGCGGCGCCCUCCCCGUGCCCUCCCCGCUCUCGCCCAGCCCCGCCAGCCUCUCCUCCUACCACGGGGACGACAGCGACAGCAUCAGCAGCCCCCCCUGGCCGCUCAAGACUCCCUCCAGCCCCAAAGCCAACCCAAACUCCUCCACCCUCAGCGGCGAGCGAAUCACGCGGCUGUACGAGCUGGGCGUGGAGCCGGAGAGGCGAGGCUGGGUGGAGCGAUACCUGACCUUCAUGGAGGAGCGGGGCACACCUGUUGCCCAGCUUCCCGCCGUGGGCAAGAAGCCGCUGGACCUCUGGAAGCUCUACAUGGCUGUUCGGGAGAUAGGAGGCCUCGCCAUGGGCAUCAACGGCGAGUGCUCUGGCCUUAAGCCCAAAGUUAUCUCCCUUAAACAGCACCUUGCUGCAGUGAAAUCCCACUUUGGCCGUUCUAACUCAAACCAGCUCCGAGAUCGUAUCUCUAAUUCAGGCGGCUCCCUCCAAGGGCCGCAGACGCCCCAGUCCUCUGGCAGCAGCUCCACAGCGGAGGCAGCAGGGGACCUGAAGCCCCCCACGCCUGCCACCACCCCUCUGGGACAGGUCACACCGCUGCCCCCCAACAGGAGCAGUGUAAGCAUACAGGACCCCUUCUCGGAGGUGAGCGACCCGGCCUUCCAGAAGCGGGCUCCCACCCUGCCCCCCUCGGCUCCUUACCAGCAGGGCCUCAGCAUGCCCGACAUGAUGAUGAGGAUGCAGUACGACGCCAAGGACCCCUUCGCCGGCAUGAGGAAGAUGGCAGGAGCGGAUCCCUACAUGCCAGGCCAGAUGCCCGGUGGUGGUAUGCAGGAGAUGUAUGGUCGUCCCCCGUCAGCCCUGAGCAUGAGCCAAAGGUCACAGUACCCGUACGGACCAGGCUACGACAGGAGACCGGACCAUGUGAUGGGGAUGGAGGGAACCAUGGGUCCCCCUGGGAGUCAGAACAGCAUGGGGCCUUCCAACAGCGAGGGCAGCAUGUACUCUCCCAGCAGAUACCCUUCACAGCAGAGACACGAUGGCUACGGCCAGCAGUAUCCCAGCAUGCCAUAUGGGAUGCAUCCAUCUGGGAUGUACCCACAGCAACAGGGCUACAAGCGGCCCAUGGAUGGAAUGUACGGCCCCCCGCCCAAGAGACACGAGAACGACAUGUAUGCCAUGCAGUACACCAGCCAGCAGCCGGACAUGUACAACCACUAUGGCGGUGGCUAUUCAGGCCCGGAACACAGGCCGAUCCAGGGACAGUUCCCUUACCCUUACCCCCGCGACCGUAUGGCCCCCUCAGGGCAGAGCCAACACAGUAUGAUGGGCGGGGGGCCCACUCCUAAUCACGCUGCUGAUGGGCCCAACAUGUGGCCUUCGAGAACAGACCUCGGCUAUCCUUACCCUAACAGACAGGGGCCGCCGUCACAAAUGCCACCUUUUGGUUCGAUCUGUAGAGACGACAUGGACGGUCGGCAGGAGCAGUGGCACCGUCAGUCCCCCUACAUGUCAUCGUCAGGUGGCAUGCCUCCCUUGUCUUCACGCCAGCCCUCAUCUUACUCCAACUCCCCGUCCAUGGCCAACCACCUGCCCAGAGCACCAAGCCCAGGGGCCUUCCAGCGCUCCAUGGACUCCCGAAUGUCACCCAGCAAAGCACCCUUCAUGUCACCCAUGAAGAUGCCUAAGCCCGGGUUGGCCAUGAUGGGUUCUCAGGGCAGUGGACCCAUUGGUCAGUUUCCUCCUAACCUGAGGAGGGAUCUCAACUACCCUCCAGGGUCGAUGGAGGCCACCAUGCCGAUCCUCAAGCCUCGACGCAAGCUCACGUCCAAAGACAGUGGAACGCCUGAGGCCUGGCGCGUGAUGAUGUCUCUGAAGUCUGGCCUGCUGGCAGAGAGCACAUGGGCUUUAGACACCAUCAACAUCCUGCUGUAUGAUGACAGCACUGUGGCCUCCUUUAACCUCUCCCAGUUGCCUGGAUUCCUGGAGCUCAUUGUGGAGUACUUCCGUCGCUGCCUGAUUGAGAUCUUUGGCAUCCUGGAAGAGUUUGAGGUGGGGACUGUGGCUCACAAAAGCCUUUUGCAUCCUGCUUCCACCCAGAAAGAAGGACAUAUCCCUGACCAGGAAACAAGCUCUACCGUCCAACCUGAACCGGAGUCCUCCCCAGCAACGGAGAUCCAGGUGGACCAAGCAGGAGACAUGGUGGAGGAAACUCCACCCGUCGCCGCAGAGCCAGCUGAGGUAAGCAGCGAGAAGGAGGAGCCAGACGUGAGCAUAAAAAAGGAGGACAAGAAUGAAGAGGACAGCAAAAAAGAGGGAAAAGAAGAAGAGAGCGAAAAAGGAACGGGGAGUAAAAAGGAGUCUGCGGAUCAGCCUGCUGCAGAGUUAGAACCUAAACCCAAACAAGCCAGCAAAUAUGAUAAGCUCCCCAUCAAGAUUGUCCAUAAAGAGGACCUGAUUGAAGACAUGACCGAGCACUUAGGUUACGUCACUGAGUUCACCAGUGGGCUGCUACACUGGCAGGCUGGUGGAGGCGACUCCACCGCACACAUUCAGACACACUUUGAACCCCGGAGCGAACAGCCUGCCAGGGCGGACGAAAAGACAAGAAACGGGAACAAACAGGAAAACGAGACGGACGACGAAAAGAAACAACCACUAAAACAUAUCACUGCUACUAUUGAUGAUGUUUUGUGCGCCAGGGUUGACGCCCUCUCUUACGCCCACCCUGCACGCUCCCUGCCAUCUUACCCCUUCAGGGUGCAUCCAGAUGGGGAGCAGGACCACAUCACCUUGCUCGAGGACGAGCCCCGCUGUCUGGACGAGGCCCCGCUCACCACAACCUCUGCCUGGCAGGAUUCUCUGUCCAAGCGAUGCCUCUGCAUCUCCAACAUCGUCCGGAGUCUGUCCUUUAUCCCCGGGAAUGACUUGGAUAUGUCACGCCACCCAGCUCUGGUUCUUCUUCUGGGCAGGCUGCUCCUGCUGCACCACCUGCACCCGGAGAGGAACAGGGCGCCCCCUAGCUACCAGAGAGACGAGCAGCAGGAGCGGGGCCUGUCGAGUAGCAAAGAGGAGUGGUGGUGGGAGUGUCUGAGCCUGCUCAGGGAGAAUGCCAUGGUCACUCUUGCCAAUAUUUCGGGCCAGCUGGAUCUCUCCACCUAUUCAGACACUAUCUGCCUCCCCGUCUUGGAUGGCCUUCUCCACUGGAUGGUUUGCCCCUCAGCUGAAGCCCAGGACCCCUUUCCAUCAGCAGCGCCCCACUCCCAGCUCACUCCCCAAAGGCUGGUGCUGGAAUGCCUCUGCAAGCUGAGCAUCCAGGAAGGCAACGUCGACCUCCUGCUAGCUACGCCGCCUUUCAGCCGACAGGAGAAACUCUUUACGGUCUUGGUGCGCUACGUGGGUCAGAGGAAGGCCCAGGUGUACAGGGAGAUGGCGGUGGCGGUCCUCUCCCACCUGGCACAGGGAGACCCCACAGCGGCACGUGCCAUAGCCAUGCAGAAGGGCAGCGUGGGUAAUUUAGUGGGCUUCUUGGAGGAUGGUGUUAGCAUGGCGCAAUACCAGCAGAACCCUCACAGCUUGCUGCACAUGGGGCACCCUCCUAUGGACCCACCCAGUAUAAACAUGAUGUGCAGAGCAGCUAAAGGCCUGUUGGCUAUGGCUAAAGUGGAGGAGAACAAAACAGAGUUUGUACUGUAUGAAAGCAGAUUAUUAGACAUCUCAAUUUCCUCGGUGCUCAACGCGGGAGUGGUUGCCAUUAUUUGCCAAGUUCUGUUCCACUUAGGGAAAUUAUGACAGGAGGAGAGGCAGGACUCGCGCGGCAGACACUAAGGCUAACAAGAAAUUUCUGUGGUUUUCUAUUUUUAUUUAUCAAAAUGACAGAAAAUGUUUGUGUUUUUUAAAAAGAAAUAUCCACAUAAACAAAAUGUCUCUAUAUAUGUAUAGCUUCUGGGCCCUGUUUAAAAAAAGAAAAAGAAAAAAAAAGUGGGUUUGGGAUUUGAAAGCUCAUUUUAAUACAAAUAUUUAAUACCUGCUGGUGUUGGAUUGCUACGUUUGAUAUUUUGUUUGGCAUUUGUUUUCGUUUGUUUACUUUUUCAGCCAAAGCUGCCACCAGACGUUGGUGCUGAAUUACGUGGUUCCUUUUGAGUCGAUGAGAUGUUUUUCAGUUUUAUAAAUGCUAAUAUACUCAUCAACAUUUUGUUAAUGGAGAGUAUUUAUUUAAAAUGUGACACUGUACAGUAGUUUGAACUUUUUUGCCAACAGUUGUCGGGGAGGGGGGGGAGAAAAAAAAACACUGACUUUUUAAACUGAAAUGUAUAUGUCUCCAUCGCUGGAAGAUACAUUGUGCAAUAGGACUAGAGCAAGUUGUCCCUUUUUGAGAACAGGAGGAUGUAGAUCUUCGAAGACACCCGCAGUGUGUGCUUUAGGCCAUGAGGAGGCAGCAUUGCACCAGCCAAUCAACAUAAGAGAAGAGCAUCUGUCAAAAAAGAAGUGUCUAAUUUAUCAAUCAUAGCCUCAGUGACUUUCACAGAUGAACUUUGUGUUUCCUAAGCACUUGUGUUAUGUCUGUAUUUUUUCAUCACUGUGUAUAUAAACCGUUGUACAAUGGACGCACAUGAUUCUUUCGGUCUCUAUCGAGCAUAGCAGGAGAUGGGACUUUCUGACUAUUAUAACAAAUGCUUUUAUUGUUGGUAAAAUUUGGUAUUGUUAUUAUACAUAUUUUGUUAAUGAGGUCAGAUAUUUGAACAUGGCAGAUGUACCUGAUGUUUCAAUGUAAAAAAAAUUCCUGUAUGCAUUGUAUUAUAGCUGAGAAAACAAUCGCUUUGGUAAUCAAACGUGGAAGUGCCAGGGUGAGAGGAUAACUAGGUGAGGUUACACGAGAAAAACUGAACAUGUUUCUGUUCGUUACUGUCCUCCAUUCAUGUCAAUGGGCAUAUUUUUGAAUCUACAUAAUGCUCUAAAAGAAACAUGUGAAAAGAACCUUCAAAAUGUCCUGAAAGCUCAUUGUAAAAUUUGCCUUUUUUCAUAUGACUCCAUGUCUCUUUUAUUCAGUAUACACAUUUAUACUCUGUGCUGCACAUGUCACAAAUAAAUGUACGAUGAACAUCGUUAAGCACUGGAGACGUUGCAUUAUGUCCAGACAAUCUUAGGCCAAUAAAACAAACAUCAACUGCUUA